UUCUGGGGUUGAAAUCGUCGUCGUCAUUUCUUUCUCCGCCCUUUUCCACAACUGGAAGGGCUACCAGCCAUAAAAGGUUCCCAAGACGAGGAGAGCCGCGCCUGCCCCCCCCCCCCCCGGAAGGGAGGUGCCCGGAGCCGAAGAGAACGGAAGAAGAAGGAGCGAGGCAGUUGACGCUCGAGCGCGAGGGCGGGGCUUGGGAAACUCCGUCAUUUCCUCUGCGGAGAAGACUAGCGAAGAGACGGUUUGGCGUUAGAAACCGUGGUUGGCGUCCAGCGCUCCUAAACGGGAGAAUGAGCGACAGCGGGGAGCAGAACUACGGCGAGCGGGAGUCCCGUUCUGCUUCCAGAAGUGGAAGUGCUCAUGGUUCUGGCAAGUCUCCGAGGCAUUCCCCUGCUAGAUCUAGAUCCAAGGAGGGUUCAAGACGAUCUAGGUCAAAAUCUAGAUCAAGAUCUGAAUCUCGAUCCAGAUCAAGGAGAAGUUCUCGCAGACAUUAUACAAGAUCACGUUCACGUUCUCGAUCCCACAGACGAUCAAGAAGCAGAUCUUAUAGCCGCGACUAUCGUCGCCGACAUAGUCACAGCCAUUCUCCUAUGUCUACUCGUCGGCGUCAUGUUGGCAACAGAGUAAGGCUGGGAUGGCAGCAGUUGACCAGAGAUAAUUCAGCUGCAAAUCCAGACCCAAAUUGUUGUCUUGGAGUAUUUGGAUUAAGCCUAUAUACAACAGAAAGAGAUCUGAGAGAAGUAUUCUCCAAAUACGGUCCAAUUGCUGAUGUUUCUAUUGUAUACGACCAACAGUCUCGGCGUUCUAGAGGAUUUGCUUUUGUUUAUUUUGAAAGUGUUGAUGAUGCUAAGGAGGCAAAAGAAAGAGCCAAUGGAAUGGAGCUUGAUGGGAGAAGAAUCAGAGUUGAUUUCUCAAUAACAAAAAGGCCCCACACACCUACUCCUGGAAUUUACAUGGGGAGACCUACUUAUGGUAGUUCCCGACGGAGAGACUAUUAUGACAGAGGUUAUGAUAGAGGCUAUGAUGACCGUGACUAUUAUAGUAGAUCAUACAGAGGAGGUGGAGGUGGAGGAGGAUGGCGAGCUGCCCAGGAUAGGGAUCAGAUGUACAGGAGAAGAUCACCAUCUCCAUAUUAUAGCCGAGGGGGUUAUAGAUCCCGUUCCCGGUCUCGAUCCUACUCGCCUCGUCGCUAUUAAAGUGAAAAAAUGAAGACUUUAUAGCUGCAAACACUGCAGUGUGAUUGCAUACUUGUUAUUUUUGUUCAGUUGAAUGGUGCCUAGUGAAUUAGGUGACUUUUACACCUUUUAUGGAGAAUAUUUUGGUGAAGUUUUAAAGUGUUGUACCAUUCUGCAUAUUUGUGUAGUUGGUGCUUUGUUCAGAAUUGUGUUUUUGAGAAGAGUAUGUCUUUCGCAUGUGUUUAGUCUGAACUUUGCAGAAGGAUUUCUGUUAUCUAAAUUCUUCGAUUUUUUUUUUCAGUUUCUAGGGUAUUUUGAAGAUCAAAACCUGUGUAAGAUGCAUUGAAAUGGUGGCAUAAUAAACAUUUUUUUACUUA